CUAGCAUUCAGCGCGCACGCGGUUUUAUUUAUAAACAACGAGAAACAUGUUGGCGAAUAUUUGUGAAAAAAGCUACGCGGCGGAGGCCCAGUACACAAACUUCUAUGGCGGCGGCGACAUUGCGUGGAGCUCGGAUGGCCAGCACUUCUAUUGCCUGAACGGUGUCAGUGUCAACCAAGUCGACGUCAAGACCUCGCAAAUCUUGCAGAGCUUCGGGAUUGGCUCGACGCCUGCAGAGAACAAAAAGCCGGCCAACUUGGAAGACAUCGACGUGGAGGAGGAUGCGAUCACCUGCUUUGCCCUGUCGCACGAGCACUUGGUAACUGCCCAUCGCAGUGGACUGUUGCGCCUUUGGCUACUGACCACCUGUAAGCUUGUAAAGCUGUGGAAGGCCCAACACAAGGGGCCAGUCAUCAAAAUCGAGUUUAGUCCCUGCGGAAGGCUUGUAUGCACAAGCGGUGGAGCGGAUGCAACAUUGAGACUGUGGGAUUUCGGCAACAACAGCUGCCUGUGUGCUCUGAAAGACUUUCCUGGUCCAUGCUGGCUCCUGCGAUUCCAUCCCAAUGUCUUGCGACGUGAGAUCUAUGCUGUGGGUUCGGAUAACACGAUUUACUGCUGGAAUUAUCAGUCGAAGACGCUGCUACACAAAAUGCGAGGCCAUCUUUCGCAGGUGACCGGCCUGAGCUUCAAGAGCAACGAAGCAGACUGCAAUGAGCUAGCUACUGUGAGCCGAGAUAAGGUUUUGAUUGUUUGGAAGCUAAAAGAUCAGGUGGAAAGCAAGCAGUUGAAAGUACUACCACUGUUUGAUGAGCUGGAGGGAGUCGUAUACACAAACGAGGGCCGGGAGAUAAUUGUGGCCAGCGGAACAGGAAAUCUGCAGCAGGUGGAUGCCGAAUCCUGGAAGAUAAAGAACCUUUUGACACAGUCGGACUUUCAAAUCAGUCGUCUGCUACAUUGCAGCGACCUCAAACAAUUGGCUUUGGUCACCACAGAACAGAAUAUAAUCGUCUAUGAUGGCUCCAGUAUUGAACCCAUUAAGCACUUGGUCGGCUACAACGAUGAGAUUCUGGAUAUGUGCUUCUUGGGAGACAACGACCGCUACUUGGCUGUGGCCACUAACAGCAAACACUUUAAACUAUACGAUACGGAGAACGAUAUGAACUGCAAACUGAUUGUCGGACAUUCCGACACAGUCAUGGCUUUGGCGGCCUCUCACAAUCUGCUCAUUUCUGUGGGCAAAGAUUGUAGCAUUCGACUGUGGAAGCUCGAGCAUGAGAAGGCCUGCUCAUUGGAAGGUCUAACGCAGCAAACAAACUGCCAUACCUCAACAAUCGGAUGUGUGGCUAUGACCCACAAUGGAGCAACAGGUUUUGCCUCUGUGUGCCAAGACGGGAGCAUGAAAGUUUGGAACUUGACCAGGGAUAAGCAGGAGCGCAACUCUUACACAUUCAACCUGCGAUAUUCAGCGCUGGCCCAUGACAAGGAGGUCAAUUGUGUUGCCUAUGCAGUGAACAACAAAAUCUUGGCUACCGCCUCGCAGGACAAGACGGCCAAGCUUUGGAUGGCAGACUCCAAUUCGUUGCUGGGAGUGCUACGUGGCCACACCCGCGGUGUGUGGAGUGUGCGCUUCUCUCCAGUCGACCAGGUUGUGCUCACGUCGUCCUCCGACUGCACGCUCCGCCUCUGGUCGAUCAGCAAUUUUACUUGCAUUAAACGCUUUGAUCAGGAGUGUACAAUUCUAAGAGCAGAGUUCCUGGACCACGGAAAGUUUAUCAUCUCUGCCGCCUCGGAUGGUCUCCUCAAGCUGUGGAACAUCAAGACCAAUACUAGCCUCCAGUCCCUCGAUGAGCAUAGCGAUCGUGUCUGGGCCUUAGCGGUCUCUGGUAGAAGUAAUCGCUUCUUCUACACAGGAGGAGCAGACUCCAAGCUGAUACGCUUUGGCGAUGUAACGCAGGCCACGCGCAACGAGGCUCUCGAUAAGCGUCAGGAGACCCUGGAGCAGGAGCAGACCCUGCACUCCCUCCUCCAUGCACAGAAGCAGCUGCAUAAGGCCUUUGUCCUGGCGCUGAACUUGAACAAACCUAAAACAACCUUCGACAUAAUAAUCCACUUUGUGCGAGAGCGUGAUGAAGCCGGCCUCCGUCAGCUGGUGGAUCAACUAAAUGUGGACCAGCGCGUGGCGCUGCUACAGCACGUUAAGGCCUGGACCACAAACUCGCGAAACUCCCACGCUGGCAAUGUAAUCCUUAAGCACUUAAUUGGAGAUGCUCUGCUGGAUCCUAAAGCACGCUUCUACAACAACAGCAACAUGGUAGAGGUUCUUACUCCCUACGUACAGAGGCAUUUCAAAAGGAUCACUGAAAUGAACAAGGAGCUGGCUUUUCUGGAAUUUAUUGUAAAGUGCAUGUAGAGCGUGUAGUAAGAUGGAAAUUGUAGUAUAAACCCUUUUUAUUCAGGCGGAGUCCUAUUCUUCCUUCUCUGCAAUCUGUUGUUAGAUUCUAGAGAAUUUCGUAUGACGUUCUUUAAAUUGCAUACUGAAACACCGUAGCCAUAAGUUAGUUGGUAAUCAGUUCUGUUUAAUUAAUUAUAAGCAACCAGUUGCAGUAGC